GGCGGGCUGGUGGGGGCGGGGCGCUGGUUGCCAUGGCUUCGGUGAGGCGGUGCGGCCCGCUGCCCUGGGCCCGCCUGCUGGCCCCGGCGACGCUAGAGCUGCUGGCGCUGCCUUGCGGCCUGCAGGAGCCCGAGCAGCGGCCCUGCAUUUCAGAUGAUUUAAAAAUAGGAUAUCACACCAGAGAUCAUGCAACACAAACAGAUAUCAAAGAAAUACCAGAAUUAAAUGAAUUAGCAAUUGCUACACAAGCUUUAAUCGAGCUCACUCAUUCCCUCCAGAAAGAUUUGUUCAUCUACAAAAGUACCAUUCAAGCACGAUAUGAAGAAAAAAUUGAAGAGCAAGCUUCAAAUCUCUAUAAAUAUGUAAAUGAUAGACUGACAGACAUUGAGACCUUUCAUAAACGGAAAGAAGUCCAAAUUCGACAAAGUUACCAACAACAGUUAUGUGAUGCACUGGCUGUUCUCAGAGCAAAUAUUGAGAAGUAUUACAACAUAGAUAUAGAAGAUAGAGAAUGUUCGCCAGGAAAACUUUUGAGGUUUUUACGAGACAAACUGCGUGAGAAAGAGUCCAUAAUUGAAGAUCUGAAAAGAAAAAUGCAGGAAUAUCAAGAAACUGAAAGGACUAAAAUGGUUGUCUUUGAAGACGAUGACCGUGGAAACAAAAAGCUUGAAAAAGAGAAUGAAGAGUUCAAAGAAGAGGUUUUCAAACUACGCAACGAUAUUGCUCGCCUUGAAAACUCUCUGCAGCACUCUGAAAAAGAAAAGCGUGCAUUAGAUAGGCAAGUUCAAAGAAUGCAAUUAAAAAUGGAAAGUGAUGAGCAAACUGUUCAACAGUUGGUUGAAUUUCAAGAACAGAUGAAGGCAGAACUUGAAAACAGAAGAUCAUUAGAUAAAAAUCUGAUAACAAAUGUAGCACCUGAGCAGCAAUCUGCUGAAAGGUCCUUGACUGCUGAAAAUGGGAAACUGAAGACAUGUGAAGGUCAAGAGAGGCAAACCAUAGCAAGAAAGGAAGCUGAGCAAAGUAAUGCAAUAUGGAAAAAGAAAUUCCAGAUUGUACAAAACAGUCUGCAUGCAAUUAAGGAUGAGAUGUUUCUUAGACAAACACUGCAACACCGGUUACUAGCACUUAGAUACACAUCUCCUGGUGAAACAAUGAUUUGCCCUGUUUGUAUUGAAAAUUACAUAAAAGGCACAAACGGAUUCGAAGCUAGCUUACAUUUACCUUCAACUUUGCCCCCAUUAUAUUCCCAGUCUAACGGAGAGCAGAGAGAAGACACAGAUGAAUUUCCUAGUCUUCUAAACACAGAGAAAAUGUCCAGUGUUUGAAGAUGGACCAAGAUUAAAAAUAUUGUUGGGCUGUAUUGUUUUCUCAUACUGCUUGUUGAUUGUUAAUAGAAGAAGCCAUACAGUAAUUCAGUUCGAUUCUUUCAGUGCAAGCAGAGUGCAACCUUCUAGCAGUUUUGCCUACACGAAGUUUUUCUCUUACUAGAUUUCCCAAACAGAUCUGGGCAAAUAUAGGCAGUUUGGAUGUUUCUUUUGUGGCAAGCUCUGUCUACUGUCUGUCAUUUUGUCUGAAAAGAAUUGCUGCUAGCAUUUUAACAAGUGCUGAUAUUUGUGGAAGAAGAGAGACGCGAGAAAUUGAACCCACGUCCUAGACCGCUGCCAACGCCCCUGACCCACAACUACCUGAGGCCGUGCCAUCCCCCCUCGCCGCGCUUCAGCACCACGGACAGGUGCCGCGCCCCGCUCCGCGCUUCAGCACCACUGACAGCUCCAUGCCCGCACAUGGCCGCGCACCGACGGCCCCGCCGGAGCCGUAGAACCGACCGUAGGGCGAACCACCAGCUCCGGGGAUGGCUUCCAGCUCAGCCGUGGAAGUCAUGGCCUUGCUGUCCUUCCUUUCCAGCAGUCAGCCUUUCAGCCCUGCUUAGUGCCUGUUAUCAGAGACCCGUUUGCACAUAGCCAGAGGAGAGUAUCUCUGAUAUGUGCUGACAUCGUUUUGUCCGAAGGUAGAAUGGCAUUCUGCAAAGACUGCUUGAGUUCUAGUCAGGGGGAAGUUAUUUAAUGAUUUUAGGUACCUUUUUGCUGUCGUUGUUGUUUUAAAAGUACACGAUAAACAGAUGAAUUUAAGUGUGUAACAGGAUUGCUUAAAUGUCCUUUUUAAGCCUGUACCUCACUUAUUUCUUGGCUAUUCCUCUUAAAGGCAUGUGCUCGAACAUGCCGUGGGCAUUAGCAACUGGGCCUUUCACAAACAGCAGCAGCACCUGUGCAGAAUUCAGACUGCUCUUGAGUAACUUUCCACUACAGACCUAUCGGUAUCCACAUGAAUAUUUUGGAAAUACUUAUGCUUUUUUUUUUUUUUUUUUUUUUUCCCUCCCACAACUUAAAGACGGUACAAUGUAAUUUUUGCAGACGUUUAAAACAGUAUUAUUCAAAUUAAUAUAUGACUUCUAAAAUUUGCGUACCAUUCAUCCAGCUGUGCACUUCAGCCUGCUCAUGCAUAAGUGCCCUCUACUGUGGAUUGGGUUGGAGCUGAGGUUUUGUCUAGUUUUAGUUUUAACCUCUAUUUAAUGUACAAGCACAGACAAAAGAAUACUGGGAAUGUACAUGUUUAAGUGUUAAUAAAAUGUGCAUAUAACUCCAA